GUCGGAAAGACGUCAGUCUCGAUAAAGUGAAAAGCCAUUGGUUCUUGAUGCGUGUGCACUUUUGAGGGUUUUCUUACAAAACCAGUCAGACAGGCACAGGAACGGCCAGACACACUUCAGCUGCUAUUGUCAGUGAAAUGUUAAGUUUUUAUCGCCGAAGCUGAUGCUUUACAUUCUGUGGAUUUAACUUUACAUCUGCGAAUAUUAUAAGCCAAGGGCAGGGCUGAGCCAUCCAUGUGUAUUUGCUGCACACAGCACAGCAGAGGAGAGCCAGUGAACCAGGUGGAGUACUUGAGUUGACAACUAGGCUACACUCGUUACGUUACUUUGGAGAAAUUGUUCCCAGUGACUCUCCGGAGGUGCCAUACAAAGCCACCAUGUCUGUGACUGUUCAUGAGAAUCGUAAAUCCCGCACCAGUACGGGCUCCAUGAACAUCUCACUGUUCCACAAGCCCUCACAUCCCGACAGUGUCCUGACCCACCUAAACACAAUGAGGAAACAGUGCAUGUUCACAGAUGUCACUCUGUGGGCCGGGGACCGCUCCUUCCCAUGCCACAGGGCAGUAUUGGCAGCAUGUAGUCGUUAUUUUGAGGCCAUGUUCAGCGGUGGACUACGAGAAAGUCUGGACAGUGACGUAAAUUUCAGAGACAGUAUACACCCUGAGGUCUUGGAGCUUUUGCUGGACUUUGCCUAUUCAUCUCGAGUUAUCAUAAAUGAGGAGAAUGCAGAGUCAUUGUUAGAGGCAGGAGACAUGUUGCAGUUUCACGACAUCCGGGAUGCAGCAGCAGAGUUUUUAGAAAAAAAUCUGCACUCCUCCAACUGUUUGGGGAUGAUGCUGUUAUCAGAUGCCCAUCAGUGUAAAAGACUGUACGAGCUGUCAUGGAGGAUGUGUCUGUUACACUACGAGACGGUAAGAGAAUCAGAGGAUUUCUAUAGUCUAUCGAAAGAUAAGCUGCUGGAGCUGAUACUUAGCGAUGAGCUGGAGAUAGAAGAUGAACAGGUUGUGUUUAACUCUGUGAUGCAGUGGGUACGGUACGACUUGGAGGGUCGACGUCACCAUUUACCAGAGUUGCUGAGGGGCAUCAGGUUGGCACUGCUGCCAUCUGAAUGUCUACUGGAGGCUGUAGCCUGUGAAGAGCUGGUGAUGGCCGACAAGAGAAGCAGGUCAAUAGUAGAAGAGGCAAUGCAGUGUAAAAAGAAAAUCCUUCAGAAUGACGGAGUUGUGACGAGUCCCUGUGCUCGACCACGCAAGGCAGGACACACACUGCUUAUACUGGGAGGCCAGACCUUCAUGUGUGACAAGAUAUACCAGGUCGACCACAAAGCCAAGGAGAUCAUACCCAAGGCAGACCUCCCCAGCCCUAGGAAGGAGUUCAGCGCAUGUGCCAUCGGCUGUAAGGUUUACGUGACAGGAGGAAGAGGAUCAGAGAAUGGAGUGUCUAAAGACGUCUGGAUCUAUGACACUGUCCAUGAGGAGUGGUCUAAAGGAGCACCCAUGCUUAUAGCCAGGUUUGGCCAUGGUUCAGCUGAGUUGGAGAACAGUCUCUAUGUGGUUGGAGGACACACAGCCAUAGCUGGUGUAUUUCCUGCCUCUCCAUCUGUCUCCUUAAAACAGGUUGAGCGGUAUGACCCUCUCAGUAAUAAAUGGACUAUGAUGGCUCCUCUAAGAGAUGGAGUCAGUAAUGCCGCAGUCGUCAGUGCCAAACUAAAACUCUUUGUUUUUGGAGGGACGACUAUACACAGAGACAAGGCUUCCAAGGUCCAGUGCUAUGACCCUGUGGGGAACCGCUGGAAUAUUGCAGCUGAAUGCCCCCAGCCAUGGCGCUACACGGCAGCUGCUGUGUUAGGGAGUCAGAUCUUCAUCAUGGGUGGCGACACUGAAUUCACUGCUGCCUCUGCUUAUAGGUUUGAUUGUGAAACCAAUCAGUGGACUCGAGUGGGCGAUAUGACAUCCAAACGGAUGAGCUGCCAUGCUGUGGCCUCAGGAAAUAAACUGUAUGUGGUUGGAGGUUAUUUUGGGACACAGCGGUGUAAAACAUUGGACUGUUACGACCCCACGUCAGAUAGUUGGAACUCCAUCACCACUGUUCCUUAUUCGCUGAUCCCUACCGCCUUUGUCAGCACAUGGAAACACCUGCCUGCCUAGGUGGGAGACACUAGGAGCCAGUAAUUCCAGGUGUUGAUUUUUUUCAUCCACUGAGAAAGGACUGCUGGCUGGAAGAGAAUCGCUGAGACGCCAUCCUGCAGCUGGCCGGGGGCUGUAGCUAGAUACAGGACCAAUCCUUUAAAACAACUACAAAAGACCACAUUUAACUUUAUCCAAGCUGCACCUCACAGACUCUGAAUCAGUCCUGAGCAGUUCAGCUAACAAACCAACAGCACAUCACCCAGGUCUUAACAUAUAUAGAGAGAAAUAUUCUCCACAUGAUGCUUCCCAAAUAAUGUGAUAAUACUUAAACAGACACUUUGGUAGACCUGAUGGAUGGACAUGUGCUUUGUACCACUCAUACAAGCCUAUGAGUGUUUGUGUGUAUGUAUGUUUCUUUAAUGUCUUUGUUAGUUAAGAAAUCCACUACUCAAUGAUUCCAUUUCUAAAGACAUAAGCUGUAAUUGCAUGAAGCGCUGCCAGAUGACAUUUACAUACUUAAAUGGUUUCCCUCAAAAAUGCAACAGAACAGAAAUGAAAGCCGUAAAUGUGAUAUCCAGUUCUUAAUAGAUUGCACAGUACACAUGGACUACAUGUACUGGUAUUAGGACCACAUUUGCACCAAUAGAAUUUAAAUGAAUGGACUGACUUGGAAUUUUCAGUCCCUACAAGAGAGCAAAUUUAAACUGCCAUCUGUAUCAUCUACAUUAACCCUUAAAUAGCCAAGCACAUAUAAAUAUUUUUGGAAAGUUAAUUAAUUGCUAUUUAUUCUAGGACAAAAUUACAAUUUCAUGUUUUUUUUGGGGGGGGACAUUUAUUUUUCAAUUUACACUCUGUAUCUCCCGAGAUACAUUGCCCAUUUAGGGUAUAAAUUUAACAUUAAUUGUUCAUGUGUCAACUUUUUACGUAUGUAUUUAUGUUUUGCAUAUGUAAUUUUUAAAAA